AUGGCCACCGAAAUAACAACCGCUGAUAGCCAAGAUUAUAAAUUCAAUCCCUUGAAUUUCGGCUCUUUACAUUUCACCGUCAAAGCGUCAAACGAUGCUCAUAUUGCAUUAACUGCUACUGCAGAUAACAAGCCACCCAAAUAUGAGAUAUUCAUUGGUGGUUGGGGAAAUACAAAAUCUUCCAUACGCAAAAAUAAUGAAGAGCCAGACAAGGUUAUUGUUGAUACUCCAAAAAUAUUGAAUAAUGGUGAAGCUAGAGGAUUUUGGAUCAAAUGGGGAGGUGGUUUUAUUGGUGUAGGAAAACAAGGAGAAGAAAAACCCUUUAUGUCAUGGCAAGAUGAAGAAUCUUUAAAUGUGUUGUUCUAUGGUGUGCGUAGUGGAUGGGGAGCUACAGGUGUAUGGACUAUUGAAGAUAAUAUUUACAUAAACACCGAAGAUAGUAAGGAGUUCAUAUUUAGAACUAUACUUCAUGGAUCAAUAAGUUUUUCGGUAGAUAGUGCCAAUGAUGCACAUAUUGUUUUGGCAACUAAAAAUAAAGAAUCUGAACCUAUGGUAGAGGUAAUACUUGGUGGCUGGAAGAAUACAGCAUCUGCCAUUCGUUACAACAAGCAAACACCAGAUAAGGUGCACGUUGACACUCCUCAGCUUCUGUGUAAAGACACUCCAAAGAAAUUUGUCAUUUUUUGGAGAGAUGGUGUUAUUGAAGUGUUUAGUGAAAAAACUAAAUUAUUUGAAUGGAAAGAUUCAAGUCCAUUUCUCAUUUCUCAUUAUGGAGUUCGUACUUGUUGGGGGGCUGUUGGCAAUUGGCACAUUCAUGGUGCAGCAGAUGAUCAAUUUAAAAGCAAAAUAGUUGCUACCCCAAAACCAAAACCUUUAAAAGGAAAAGCUCCACCUGCAGCUUCACCUGGUUGGAACCUUGAUGGACCAUCAUCUGGUCCAGUUCAUUGGGUCAAUGCUAGUAACGGACAAAUACCACCAAAUGCUUUACCUGGUGGUUUUGAUGCUACCAACGAACAGCUAUAUGUAGCCAGAGCAGAACAUAAUGGUGCUCUGAUUCCUGGUAAACUUGUUCCUUCGCAUGGUGUUGUCUAUAUACCUUGGGGUGGUAUUGAGAAUCCCAAAGAAAACUAUGAAGUACUUUGCAACUGUAAUGGUACUUGGGUAAAAGCCAAUAAUGGAGAAAUCCCAGUAGGCGCAUUAUCUUCAGGUCACACAGAAGAUGGUGAACCAUUGUUUGUUGGACGUGGUGAACAUAAUGGUUCUUUGACUGUUGGAAAGGUUCAACCUAGUCACAGUGUUUGUUAUGUACCGUAUGGCGGUGAGGAAGUACCUCUGAAUGAUUACGAAGUGUUGGUAGUAGUGUAA